CUUUAAUGUGACAAGUGUUAAGUUUCUUUACAGAAUUAAACAUCAAGAUGAAUAAUAAACCGCAUCGUCAUAAAGAAAGCAAUGUUUUCAAAUUUAUUCCAUUUUCUGAGAGAAUUGGUAAGGUGAAAAUUGAUGUAAUUCAUCAAAUUAAACACAAAUACGAAUAUGGAGACCCAUCCAAAACAACCAACAUGUAUCAAACUUAUGAAAAAUGGAUGUCUCUGAACAGUUCUGAAAUCUGCAAAGAAUUACGAAAGAAUAGUACUUAUGAUAUUAAGAUCUUACCUCAACUCUUGGCCCGGAAGGAGGAACUUGUAAAUACUCUCAAAAAGCAUCUUGCUGCCAAAAAUCCUCUAACUUUGCAGCCUACAUUAGAAUUUGUUGUGGCCUUGGCUAAUGAUCUCAGAUCCGAUUUUUUUCCUUAUUUCUCAUCUAUUUAUAACCUCUUAUUAAACUUGCUCAAUUCAAAAGAUGUUGAACAGCUAGAAUCAGUGUUUCAGUGUCUUGCGUAUCUUUUUAAAUUACUAUGGAGGAACCUGAUAACUGAAUUGCCGUCUGUCUUUGACUCUUUGAUUCCUCUGUUUGAUAAAUCAAAACCAACUUAUAUUAAUGACUUUGCUGCUCAAAGUUUUGCUUAUGUGGCGAGGAAAGUUAAAGAUAAUUCUGAACUUAUCAAGCUAAUUGUUCGAACUCUGAAACAGAAACCUGAAGCAGUUGAGGGAUUUGGACGGCUGGUGUUUGAGAUAGUUCAUGGUAUUCAUGGCCAAUGGCACAGCUGUGGAGAGAAGAUAUUUACCAGCCUUAUUUCAGCACUUAAGGAACCUUGUUAUCCGAAUGAUAUUCUGUUCGAUCUCCUGAAACAUACCUUGCUUCAUCUUGUUUCUUUCCUCACCGUCAAGGAACAUAUUCAGCGCCUAUGGAAGAUUCUUCAGACUGCAUUGUUAGAUUUCUGCAAGGAAUUAGGAGACAAACGAGUUAACAAUGGGAGCGAAUCAAAUGCCGAACAUAUACUUUAUAUGAUUUAUCUAACAGUGAAUUACAAGAAAUGUUCAGCACUCAUAGAACCCGAACCAUUAUUAAGGGAGCUAUUAGAAUUGCUCCCAAUAAAAGAGCUCAACGAUAGAACCACUUGCAUAAUUUCAUAUAUAUUGCUGAACGCAUCAAAAUUACCGCAAGAAUUAUCCAGCAGCAUUUUAAUACAGGCACUGAGUAGUCUAAAGGGAAAGAAUCUACUACAAUUUGCACUCGACAUCCGAACUUAUUCAGGCUUUGAAGGCAUCGUGCUUCCACGGAUGCUAAAUUACUGCCUUGAAAAGGUGGACCCACUGCUAGCAUUGCGAUAUAUUGCGCGACUUGUUAUCAGCAAGGCACACCCAGCUGAAGACAGUCGUGAACUUCUAGUCUAUCAUCCUUACUCCAUCAAUUUUUCCUCUAUCAGGAAUGGGGAUCCAACUUCAUUUGGUACUUUUUAUCUAUCGAUAUUGAAAGAGAGGACCAUUGAACAACACCUGGAACAAUUUGAUGAUUGUAUUAUGAUCCUCUUAGUUCUGCCUCACUUGCUACCUUUGUCUAAAACAGAAGCUGUAGCCGUUCUUCUUUCACUGUUGGAUUCAGUUCAGGUUCAAUUGGAAUCAAAUAAUGAAGAAAGCUCACAUAAAGCUUUAUACCUGAUGUGUGCUGUUUUGGAAGCCAUCAUGUACUUGAAGCCUGAGACUUGUAUCACUAAGUUGGUCCCUCCAGAGAAGAUAUUACAUUCUUUGAUAAAACAUGCUGACAGGAGUGAUAAUCUCUUUAUUCUCCGAGCAUUGGACUUCUAUAUAAGCCUUGACGAACUGAAUCUAGUUCAGCCAUUUGCUGAAGAGUUGAAGAAAAGCUUAUAUCAUUUGCUUCGGUCUCCGUAUCAGAAGGUACGUUCACAUAUAACCCAUAUUUUUUAUGAAGUUGAGAAAUCAAAUGGGUCGAAUGAUCUCAUGUCAUCAAUUAUGGAGAUUUGUUGGUCUGCCGAGUGUGUUCCGCCUACUCUUGCAGAAUACAGACAACGGUUGAAGAUAUUGAGGAAGUUUGACUGUUCUUCAAUGGAAAAAAUUGCAGAUGCUGUGUCCAAAGGAAUCGUUGAUGGGAAGGUUCCAUUGAGGUACCUCCUUGGUCAGCUGUUUAUUAACUUUAAGCUACUUUGGGAACCAGUCACUGCUAUCAUCGUGGGCUACAGCUGUGUAAUGGAACCUGCUGCUUUCUGGGAGAUCUAUCGGGAGCAGAUGGACUGGGUAUCAACAGAGAUUCUGGAAUGUAAACUACAGGAAUCAUCAAAAUUUGUCUUCACUUGUAAGGACUUACAACACAUGUUUGACAGUCUUAAUGAUUUAAAUGAGAAACCAGAUUUUAUUAAAUACAGAAUAAUGCUAUGGGAUAUGUUGAAACAAUUUCCAGACACCGUUUAUGAAGCUAAAAGUAAAGAUAUUGUGGUUCGUUUCUUAGAUUUUAUCGAGAACGAAUAUAAUAAACGGUAUUCAGAAGCUGCUACUUCUUGGAAUAUUAAACAGGAAAAAAUCUUAGACAUUAGCAGUGUAGACAUUGAUAUGUCAAUGAAUAUCGAAGAGGAAGUAAAAGAUUCUGAACAGAAUGAGGAACCCAUGGAGGUAGAAUUAUCAGAAUUAGCAACAGUUGAAGAAACAGUGACAAAUCAUGACGAUUCACUUACUAAGCAAGAUGAAGAAUUGAAGAAGGAACUUACAGAAGAACCGUUGCCUGAAUCGGAUUAUAAAACUAAAUGGGUAACAAAGAGCCUGAUAGCACACAUGGGAAUAUUCGGUAAAUUUCGAUCUCCUAAGAGCCUGUAUCGUGAACCAGAACUUAAUAAAUUAUUUUAUGAGUUCCUCGCAAGCAAGGUACCAGAUGUCCAGAAGUCAGCGCUAGAUUUCAUUAUGCAAUAUAAGUUGAAGUAUUUAGUACCUUAUAAGGAUAAUGUUUACGGUCUGAUUGAUGAAAAGACAUUUAAACACGAACUUACACUUUUCCGUGUCGAUUCCCAGAGCGGCACAGUGAAACCUGAACAUCGAGCCCAACUCAUUCCUAUAAUACUCAGGAUAAUUUGCAGCAAAAUGUACAGUAAAGUGAAUGCUUCUAAGAGAGAGACCAAGCAGGGUCGAAAGGCUGCUAUUUUGAGGUUCCUCUCCGGCUGCUCUAGCCAAGAGCUUUUUAAUUUCUUCAACAUGGCAUUUUCUCAUUUAGCAGGCCUGGUAGAAGAUGAUGCAACCGCAAUGGUAAAUAAAAUCAUCGACUCCUUCGACCUAGAGCACUGUACUCCUCCGAGACGGUUGAUGGCCACAACAUCUCUUCUGAAGACAGUGUUGAAAUACUGUGGAGGACUCCUGGAGCCGGCCCAGGCUGCGUUCCUCCUCAGAUUAAUCUUGAUUGUUGCCUCUCAUCUUCCACCUAUAUUCAGCAAGAGAGAGGAAGUCCAUCCCGGUUAUAUAAAAGUUAUUAAAAAUGUGAGAGCUCUUUGUUUCCAAGUGAUAUCACAUUUUUAUGAGGUCUAUGAAGAUUACAAGUGGUCCGACGACGAAACCAAUGCAGUCUUUCAGGUGUUAGUCUGGCCUUAUCUUCGCAACUUACCUGUGGAGGCUGUUAAUAGUCCGACGGCUCAAUUCAAACUCUUCAUUACCUGGAGCAAAAACUCUAAACACUUGAAUCUGCUGGUUAAGAAAGAUGAAAAUGGAAGAUCUAUUUUUUCAACUAUUAUAGAACUUUGGGCUUUGCCUAAACUGCACGGCUCUGUCCAUAACACUAUUUUGGAAAUGGUUGACCAAAUUCUGUUAGAGGAAGGCGAGACUGAAGAAACUAUUAGUGGAAAGGAAAUCCUCACUGAUUAUUUCCCCAGCAUACUCAAUUUCCUUCAGAACAGGAUCAAAGCUAAGAAAUCUCUGACCAAAAGGGAACUCCAAGUCCUUUCCAUUAUCACCUCUUCUCCAACUGAAAAUAUCUCCUCUGAGACCCUGCUGUCUUUUGUCCUCCCUUCACUCCUGAAGAACUACAAGAAAGAUGAUGAAGAAAUCACUCAGUUACUGACCGCAGCUAAUAACCUGAUGAAGGCGGUGGAGAAACCCGGGCCGUACCUGAGGCAGAUAGUACCUCUCUUCUCUUCGCUAUCUGCUCCGCAGCAUCGCAAGCUACUGAUAUCUCUUACGCUAGAUAUUUCUCAACGUUCUGAAUAUAAAGUUGAUAGUGAUGUACUUCUCGACCUGACUGCUUGCGAUUCAAAGUGGAUCGAUCAACCAGACUUCACCAGAAGACUAAAUGCCUUUACUGCUCUCGAUCAACCGACCACUGAACUAAGCUCUACGAUGGCUGCGAUUGUCAUUCAUAUAGCUUUUUUCUAUCUAAGGAAGGAAAAUGAUCAUUCAUUGAUAGACAACGCCCGCCACUGCCUACACAAUCUGUGCCCAAGAGUUUGUUUGAGCCAUUCAGAAGACAAAGCUGAGCUCGGGUUCCUCAUUAACGACACAUUGUUUCCUCUUCUUAAUAGUUGCAUAAAUGGCAAAGUAGUUAACUUACGUCGAGAGGCCAUUAUCAUUCUUGGUCAUAUGGUACGAGAAUGCAGUUCUUUGCAUUACGUCUUUUCUGAUCUGUAUCCACUUUCAAAUAAGUCAGAUUUAGAAGUGGAUUUCUUUGAAAAUUUGGUGCAUCUUCAAUUUCACAGGAGAGUUAGGGCGAUGCUCAGGUUUUCUGAAGUUUCCCUAAAGCCAGAGAACACGUGGAAUCCUAAGACACUUAUGAACUUUGUCUAUCCCAUGAUUUCGUAUUUUCUUCUUUCUCCAAAAUACGCAGAAAAGAACACCAUUAUAGACUCUGCCAUUACGGCAAUUGGAAGUAUCUGUCGCCUGUUGCCAUGGAAGUACUACAGCCCCAUACUUCGUAACUACCUUGCAAAACUGAAAUCUAGUACUGAUUAUCAAAAACAGAUGACUCGCUUAGUGUCCGAAGUAUUAAAUGCUUUUCACUUUGACCUCUCAGAAGCUGGAAACUUGCAGUCUGCAGAAAUUUUGGAAACAGAAGAAAUGACUAAUAAUGAAGAUUCCGAAAAAUUGGAAGAAUCUGUAAUCUCUGAAGAAGUUGAAGGUGAAAACAAUGAAGAAAAAGUGUCUGAAGUUUCAAGAGAUACACCUCUAUGUAAAUCUGCUGCUGAAAAAGUGGUCAAUGAAUUAUCAAGAGUUAUUUUACCGAACCUCCAAUCGCUAAUGGCUCACAAAAACGUUGCCGAUUCCUAUCACAAGGUUAAUAAGAAAACUAUUAAUUUUGAAAAAGACGAAGAAGACAUCCUUAGGGCCCCGCUGGCAAUCGCAAUUGUGAAAUUGCUACAAAAGCUGCCUUCCCAAGCCCUCCUGAAAAGAAACCUGCCAGGAGUGCUGCUCAAGCUAUGUAACUUACUGAAGUCUCAUGGAGAGUCAGUACGGAGAACCGCUCGUUCCACCUUACAAACUGUUAUGGCCUCUCUCGGCCCAAAGUAUCUUCACAUGCUCCUUUCUGAGCUGGCAUCUCUUUUGACGAGAGGUUUCCAGGUACACGUAUUGGCCUUCACUGUCCACAGUGUCCUUCAAGCUCUCGGACCCUUGUACACUAAGGGAGAUCUCGACGAUUGUAUACACAAGACAUUGGAGGUUUGUACAGCAGAUCUUUUCGGAAAUGCUGCUGAAGAAAAAGAAGUCAACCAGAUCACUGCCAAGACAGUGGAAGCUCGAGUCAAUAGGAGCUUUGAUAUUUUUCAUAUUUUGGCUAAGUAUACUUCGGAGAAAUACUUACUUGAUAUUCUGUUGCCAUUGAAGGAGGAACUGUCACGUACGCUUUCCUCGCAAACUAUCACAAAAGUCGCUAACUGCUUGGAGCAAGUUGCCUUGGGAUUGACUGAGAACACAUUCCUGGAGCCUGAGGAACUGUUGGAGUUUGCCUAUGGUAUUUCAACCGAGAGUAUCCCAGCACUGAUGUCUAAGCAACAAGUCAAAGUUGAUGCCAAACAGCUUGAAUAUGAGUCACGAAGGGGACCUGAUAUUUAUCUCAUACCUCCAGAACCAAAACGGAAAAAGGCUCUGAUGAGUGCAGAAUGUUCCAAGACCAAUGAACACCUUAUUGUUGAGUUCGGUCUCAAGCUCCUCUACUUCUUGCUGAAGAGGGAGAAACUGAAGGGAGAAAAGAGUAAAAGUAUGCUUAAUCCAUUGAUCAAGCACCUGGUUGACUGCACUGAAUCUCAUCAUGUGAAGAUUUGUACACUCGUCGUGCAGUGCCUUCCGUGGCUGUCCCGUAUGAAGCUGUCUUCCUUCAGCGUUUACCUUUGGGCGUUUUACAAGUCAAUGUUUCAGAUCCUCCAUCGUUACGCAUGUGCUGGUCUUAGUAAAGGUGACAACUACGACUUGGUUAUGGCUACCUUUAAGUCACUUGCUGCCUUGGUGAGGGAAGAACGUAAGUGGGAACUUACCAAUGAAGAAAAAAGAUUGUUACUCAUGUACUGUGAACAAGAUAUCGAGAAUAAAGAACGCCAGGUUACAGCGUUCACACUCCUCAAAGCGUUGUUAUCUCGACAUAUCGAUGCUAAGGAGAUACACAGCGUCAUGAAUAAGGUUUCUAAGAUAUGCAUUACGUCACCGAUAGACAGUGUCAGGCUUCAAGCAAGACAGAUGAUGUUGACCUACAUGAUGGAGUACAGCAUUGGUAAUAGAUUAAUGAGAUUUGUCGAGUUCUUCACCCAGCAGCUGGAUUAUGAAAUCGAGAGCGGGAGGACAAGUGCCUUGGAGAUGAUCAGUAUGUUGGUUACAGCGUUCCCUCAGGAAGCGCUUAAUAUUGUUGCCAGACAUAUCUUCCUAAGCGUUUGUGUGAUGUUCGACUAUGAACAAGCCGAUGAAAAUUCUACUAGAGCAACUGAGAUCAUCCAUCAUUUGAUUAAAAAUGUUGAGCCUAACUGCUUGGAAAUUUUGUUCGAUUACCUCCGUGAUUGGAUUAAGGACUUGGAGGAGGGGGAUGAGGAGGAGAAGCAGAGGAAAAGGAUGAAGCUGGGUUUCCGCCGAGUGGGGAUGCAAGUGAUGGGUUUCUUUGCUGAAAUCGAGAAGGAUGAUUUUGCAAAGAGACUCGAUGAUUUCUUCUCACUGGUAUCACAGGAGUUCCUUUGUAAUUUUGGCGAUAAAAUGCCUGGAAAGUUUGUCCUCAUUACUAACGGAAAUGGAAAGAAGGAACCUAAAGUGACCCAAGGGAGGAGCCGUCUAGGCUUCUUAACUCUUGUGACCACCAUCAAGGUUCUUAAAAACUGCCCAUUGUCUCUUCAGGAUGACAAAUAUAAAGAACGCAUCGAUAUUAUACGAGAUAAAUGUUUUGAAUUUGCAUGCCAUGAGCAUCCCUGGGUACGUCUUAAAGCUUUAGAGUUACUUCUUCUCAUAAAGGAGACGAGAAAGGAGAAAGACUUUAGCAAAGACUUUGUGUUUAAUCUUUAUGAUAUUAUGUUGCCCCCAGCAAUCAUUCACACUGUCAAACAGUGCUUUAAGGUCCUGGCGUACAUAGCAGAAUCGGUAUCUAUAUUGACAGACGACGAUCCUAAAAUAAAAAAGAAAGAAAUUUCUCUCAAAUGGAUGGUGGAAACUUUAGUACGGUCAUCUGUUAACUUUGAAGCGCAUCAUCAUCCCAAAGAGAGCAAUAUUAGGGAACAAUACUGUAAAUGGGCAACAGUGCUUUCAACAAAAUUGAAUCGAGAUGCACUGAUCGCAGUUGGCUUUGAACUUCUUUUUCCAAUAGUGAAAGAGUUGGAUUCGGAGAACAAGGAACUUGUUAAGAUGUGCAAGACUGCUAUGAACUCCUUCAGAGACAAGGUCGGCGAGGCAGAAUACAUAGCCAUCACCGGUCGUGUAUCAACUCUUCUCCAGACUAUGAAAGCCAUGCGCAAAGUGGAGAGAACUCAGCUGGCUGUAACAAAUCCAGAAAAGGCUGCUAAAAUUAAAAUUAAUAAACAAAUCAAGAAGAAAGUCCAGAAGAAAAGGAAAAUGAAAUUGAUAAAAGAACACAAAUUUAUAAAAAAGCGAAAGACUGAAAUUAAUUUAGAAGAAGAUAAUUGACAAUAAUGUUUAUAAAUUUUUUUAUUUAUUGUUAAUAGUUUUAAUGUCAUUUGUUCUGUUAAACCUUACAUUAUAUUAGACGAUAGGUGUAUAAAUACUAGAUAUUGAUUUAUAUAUAAAAUAUUUUUAUGUCAAAUGUCAAUAACAGUGAGGUGAUUUCUUCAUCUUCUCAAUGAUUGAAAGUAAAUGUACAUAUAGUGAAUUUAUUUUAGGGAUCUCUACGUUACAAUUAUAUGGUAAAUUAUACAUUUUUUCAUUUCUUAAAAUAAUCACCUUCAUAAUUAUAAAGCUAUUUUGAUUAUAUUUAAUCAACUGAUCAAGUUUUAUUAACAGAGUUUCAAAGUUGAACUUGAAGAUACCAAAGCUUGAAUUGAAACAAUGUUAUUUAUUAAUAACAAGCCUUAACAUAACAGAGAAGAGAUCGAAUGUAUAAAUAAUUAAGUAUUAAGAUGGAAGAUAUGUUUUGCUAAUAUUACUUUGUUUACUAAUUAUAUAAAGCUAUAUCUAUAUUAGAUAUAUUUAUGUAUAUAUUUUAAAAUCAAACCUGUAUAAAUUCAUUAAAUAUAUUGUUAUUUGUUCAUAGUUUCAAAUUAUUCUUUCUGUGCCCUGUGGUUUCACAUGAAUUAAAUUUAGAAUAUUCAUACAAAUGAUUAUUACACCACCAAGCAGAUUUGGUUAUUUGAAUAGUAUUUAAAAUUUACAUGGAAAAGCAAAAAAG